GGACACCAGCGGUAAUAGUUCUCGAAGAAGAGAACUCGCUUCCAACCCUGGAACGAAAGGAGCGGUUGGAAAGGAAAGAGCGGAUAGUGCCGAUCAGAUAAGAAGGAAAAUUUAACGAAGCCAGUUUGUGUAUUAGACCAGCGUGCCAAACCCUGUCAAAUGCCUGCUUGACAUCAAGGAGCAACAUGAUACCAUGCUGCCCCUUGUUACGCCUUCCAGCCAUGUCCUCAGUCACUCGCAAAAUCUGAUGACCGGUACCAUGGCCUCGACGAAAUCCAAACUGAGCGUUCGGCAGGAUGUGCUGGUCAGCCAUAAAUUCCUCAAGCCGAGUCCGAAUAACCUGCUCCGCCACCUUGCUUAGCGAAGAAAGGAGGCUAAUGGGACGAUAACUGCUAGCAAGGUGGGCAGGUUUGUUGGGUUUUAAAAUGGACACUACCGUCGCCACCUUCCAUGCCGACGGGAAGUAGUGGAGACGGAGCAUCGCAUUUAUAAUGUUAGUAAGCAUUACCACCUGAAUGGUAGCAAGCUUCUUAAGGGCCACGUUGGGGAUGGUGUUUGGGCCGGGACUUUUCCGGUUAUUGAGGGCUUUAAGGAUACCUCUGACUUCGCUGGGAGAAGUAGGAAGAAUGUCACUAUCAGGUUUUGGGAAAGUCAUAGAGUCCACCUGACGGCUGAUGGAGUUGUGCUCUACAACAAACCCAGGAAGACUGGCGUUUGGAGAGCAUUGCCGCUCAAGGGAGUCUGCAAACACCUCCGCUUUAUCCUUGUCCAGGACGACUUUGAUGCCAUCAUGAACAAGGUGCGGAUAGCGCAUACGCCUCCCUCAGAUAGACCUUAUGACUUUCCAGGUCCGACGAGGAUGGAGUUCGGCCUCUGCUAUGAACUCCUGGAACGAGGAGCUCCGGAGUUCAAGCAGGCAGGCCCGGACCUCACGGCUCAGGGCGUUGUACCGGGCCUUGAUGAAGGGGUCCCGAGUACGCUGCCAAAGUUUCCUGCUACGGUUUUUCUUCCUGAUGAGGGUGACAACCUCGCCAGGAAGACUAUGCUGCUUGCAGAUGUUAGGAGUUCAAAAUCCUGCACCGCAAAUCGGUGGUUUCCAUUAAAUAACGGAAUUGCAACCAGUUGGUUUUCCUCUUACGAGGCUCCCACUGGCAACAAUUCUCGUUAAGUGCCAGGGAGAUCGGGUUGUGGUCCGAAGACAACACCUGGUGGUUAAUGACUUCCGGCACCUCUGUGAUGUUUUUGCAGAGGAAAAUGGAAAGGAUAUCAGGUCGGCAUGAGGGACUAUCAGGGAAGUGGUUUGGCGUCUCGGUGGUUUCCACCGAGAACCGGUAGUCCAGUGACGCCCGCAGCAGGAAACCGCCGUUGGUGUUAGAUUUUACACAACCCCACGCUGUGUGCUUACUGUUGAAGUCCCCAGCAAUGACUGUACGACAGUUGGGAUGCAGGAUGGACGGGAGAUUGAGUCAGGAAACUCUCUCAGUCGGUCGAACAUAAGCCGAGACAAUCCUAAGCGGACCACUUUCUAGGGCGAGUUCGACUCCAAUCGACUCGCCCAGAAAGAGGGACGUAUCGAUCCUCUGGUGCCUGAUGGAGUUCCGGAUCAGAAUGCCAACCCCUCCACCUGCUCCAGAAAAACGAUCAGCCCGGAGGAUAGAGUAUCCUGGGAUAAAGAAUCCCAUGUCCGGUUUUAGGAAUGUCUCCUGCAGACAAACGACAUCGGCUUCAGAGUCUCUAAAAAACUUAUUCUCCUGUUUUAAGAAAUUGUUAGUUAAUAAUUUCAUUAUUUAUUCCAUAUGGUAUUAGUCAAGCCUUAACCAUUAUGUUAAACCCUACACAUUUUCCAUUUAAAAUCAAUCCAUUGAUGUUAAUCAUCAAAUUUGACUCUUUUAAGAAAUUAUGUGUUAUGAAUUACAUCUGAAAUAAA